AUGUUCGAAAGAUGGUUUUGGUUUGACACUGAUCUGUCAUUCUAUGACGAUGAUUAUAUUUAUGAUUUCUUCACCUAUGAAUUACCUAAUUUUGAUAAUUAUAUCAAAUUGAAAAUACUUAAAGGUAUGUCCAUUGAACUAUUUCUCAUAUUACAAUUGACCACAAAUGAUGAAUUUAUAAAACAAAUCAAAUCUAAAGAUAUAAAUCCUCAACCAUUAGUUUAUCCUACAACUUGGAAUGAUGUUAAUGAAAUUAUUAAAUUUAAUGAAUCCUUAACUGAUUGCAUGGAUUAUAAUAAACAAUUACGCCAUUCAAUUCCAAUCGAAGUGGAAAUCGAAAAUGAAGAUCCAAUUCAAAUACUUCAAUUAAUUGAAAACUUAUUGGAAAAUGAUAAAUCUAAUUGUAUUGAGUUAGAAUUAAGACUUUAUCGAAAUUCUAGUAAUGGAUUAAGAGAAAUUAAAUCCCUUGAAACUUUUAAAUAUGCCAAUAGAGUCAGUCAACUUCAAUUCCACUCAUAUGAAAAAACCAAUAUUGGAGAUGUAUUGGAAGUUGAUUUUGCAAAAUAUAUAAAUUUGAAAGAAUUACAUGGGUUUUCAAAACAAAUUUUAAUGAAAUUACCUCAAUCUUCCAUUCAAAAUUUAACUGAAUUAUCUCUUGAGAAUAUUCAUGAUCCAUCUUAUCUUGUUAAACUUGAUAAUUUAAAAUCACUUGCUAUGGAAUUAGAUUAUGAUCCAGAAUUUGAUAUUAAAUACUUACCUCGAAAUAUAACAAUAUUAGAUUUAACAUGUGAAAAUACCAUCAUUAAUAUUAAUUCUGAAUAUGAUUGGCCUCAAAAUUUAAAGCAUUUACUGUUGAUAGGUGGACUGUCUGAUAGAGUUCCUUUUGAAAAACUUAAACAUUAUAAAUUACCACCGAAAUUAAAAACAUUAAGUGCAGACCUCUAUGGUGAUCUUAAAAUGUUUUCUCGAUUGCCUGAUUCCAUGAUUGAUUUGUUUAUUGGCAUUACAAAUUUUAGGAAUGAAAAUAUCCUUACUAUUCCUCGUUGGUUACGAAAUUUAAAUAUUAGCGAAUGGAAUCUGUCAAGUUCAACUGAUAAUAUUGAAUUCAAAAGUGCCUUGGAAAGAUUAGAAUUAAAUGGAAUACCUUUCGUCAUACCGCAUUUAAAUUUCGAAAAUUUGAAACAUUCCUUACGAAGGUUGACCAUAUCUAGUUAUCAACAUCAAAUUUCAUUAUAUCAUUUGAAUUUUAAUCAGUUUACAAAAUUAACAUAUAUAAAUAUAGUCAAUUCCAAUUUUGAAAGUUUGGACAAUUUUAAACCACCUCCUACUUUGAAAUUUAUUCAGAUUCUUGUCUGUAACAUAACUUCAAUCACUCACCAAUGUCCUUUGUUCAAUUCUCCUUUUGACUUUCCAGAAUUACACGACAUAAUAAUUUCCCAGUGUCAUAUCAACUUCAUAAGUCCAAAUAUACAAUUACCCAUCAAUUUGAAGAACUUGGAUAUUGAUGAUAAAAUAAUUAAACAUUUCUCAUUAACAAAUUCUAUAAUUUAUCAUCCAGCUUUAGAGUCUUUGAGAAUAGGUGUGAUACCAUUCUCCAAAGUAGUUCCUGAUGACUUAUUACCAUUGAAUAUUUAUUUCAAAUCAAAGUUCAAAUCAUUUACAAUUAAAUAUAUUAGUUGUGCUCAAGUAGAGUUUGAUCAAUUUUAUCGUGCUUUGGAGUACAUCUAUGGAAGAAAGAUUAUUAGCAAGGAUCCAACUAAUGAUGGCGGAAUUAUUCUAAAAUUUGCUGAUUAA